AUGAAGGAUGCCGCUUGUUUGGAUCCGAAAAACUUAUAUGAUAUUGACAAAAACGGACUUCCUAUGGACGCAUUAAAGUCAAUCGCAUCAUUAGCCAAUAUUGAUCGAGAAUUACUGUCAAAGGAACUCGAAUCUUUUGCGAAAAGUUUCAAAGAACUUUCUAAAACUAUUUGGGAUCAAUGCGUUUUAUCUCGAGAGCAACAUACAAAUGAUUCAGAUUCUCAGAGUGAGGAAGAAGACGAAGAGCAGGACGAGAUCGGCGAUAGCUGCUUGUCUACAAGCAGUCUACCAUGUAAACUUUUGUCUCAAUACAACAUGCACAUAAGUACAUACUCCAACUUAUAUGUAGCUUAUUGUGCAAUCCUCACAAUCUCAUUCACGCAACUCAGCGAAGAAGUGGGUUACGUCCUCUACUCAGCUUUGGGUUCCUUCUACAUCCCGUCCUGCAUUAUGGUCUUUGUUUACAUCCGGAUCUAUUAUGCGGCCAAGGCGCGUGCGCGUCGUGGUAUCCGGAAAACGCCACGGCGCCCUGCGGCGGCGCUUGACACUAGUUUUACAAAUUUGCAAACGAAAAACGGAGGAAACAAUAAUCCGGUCGUCCGAGUGGACAGUGCCGAACCAAGACAGAUUGCGACGAUCGAAGUGGUACCGUCAGUUCCUGCCACCAUUCCGACUGUAACUUGCGACUUGGCCAGCGAUAUUUCGACUAGCGAUCACGCCAACGACCAGCUGAAAGAGGGAGGACAGCAGGAACUCACAAAGGAUACUUUGAAGGUGGUCAACGGCGACCUUCAGCAACAAGUAGUCGUACUGUCGCCACGUCCCCGUCAACCUUCCAUAAUGGAAUCGGACAUGGUCAGCGAAUUCGACCCGAGCAGCUCCGACAGCGGCGUCGUGGUGCCGCAGUGCGCAAACGCUGCAGUCAAACCCUCCAGACUACGCAUGUGCCACUUUGGCCGAAAAAAGGCCAAAAGCGUGGUGAAAGUGGCAAAAGAAACUCCGCGCCCCCCUCGCGACCCCGAAAGGGAAAAGCGAAGGGUGGCGCGGAAAAAGGAGAAAAGGGCCACUCUGAUACUAGGGUUGAUUAUGGGAUCGUUUAUCGCUUGCUGGUUGCCGUUUUUUUUCAUGUACAUUUUGCGGCUGGCUUUUACGAUACCGCCAGUGGCGUUUUCAACGGCCUUUUGGUUGGGGUGA